AUGGCGAAUGUUGAAAAUUCAUCGAACGGCUUUUCAAAAUCCACCAACCAGUUUACUGCGGGAAUUAUUGUGAUUGGAGACGAAAUACUCAAAGGUCAAACCAUGGAUACCAAUUCUGCCUUUUUGACGAAAAAGUUGUUCCAUCUCGGAGUGAAAGUUAAGAAAAUAUCUGUAGUGCCUGACGAACUUAACGCUAUAUCUGAUGAGAUAACUGCAUUUUCAAGCAAAUUCAAUUUUGUUAUAACGUCUGGUGGCAUAGGACCAACACAUGACGACCUCACGUUCGAGGGAAUUGCAAAGGCUUUUGAUGAAAAAUUGUAUCCCCACCCAGAAAUAAUCAAUGUUUGUAAGAAAUUCUUUGGCACAGAUGAUUUAAAGAACCCGAAAUUGAAAAUAGCUUAUGUCCCUGAAUCUGCCAAGUUGUUGUUUGGUUACGAUAAAAUUAGCCAAAAAGAUCUACAGUUUCCUUUGGUUGUAAUAAAAAAUGUGUACGUUUUUCCUGGAGUACCUCACUUGAUGGAGAAAAGUUUUCAAGCGCUGGAAGAUCAUUUUAGAAAUCCUGAUGGGAAAAGUUUCAACUCCACAAUCUAUUUAGAUGAAAAUGAGUAUUCGAUAACUCAUAUAAUCAACGAAGCAAAUCAGAAGUUUGGAUCAAACGUUGCAUUAGGGUCCUAUCCAAAGUUUCAUAAUAAUUACUAUAAAGUCUGCUUAACAUUGGAAUCACCUAGUAAAGAUGACUUAGAUAAUUGUAUGACUUUCUUUCUUAAAAAAUUGCAACACUGCCUAGUUACAGAUUACGAUAGAGAUCCAAUAUUAAAUGCUUCUGAUAAAGUUUACAACAUCUGUCAGAGAAUUGUUAGUCACAAAUUUGAUGCCGAAUUUUGUGAAAAACUAUCAAAUUCAUUAAAAAUAUUAGAAAAAUGUUUCAACAGUUAUAAAUUAGAUGAGAUAUGUGUAGGCUUCAAUGGUGGCAAAGACUGCACUGCUCUUCUGCAUCUAGUUUAUGCUGUUAUAAUAAAAACACGUGGUGAUGUGAGUGAGCUAAAUUGCUUGUACAUAAGAAGAGGACAACCUUUUCCAGAAGUUGAACACUUCAUCAAGAAAACAGUUAAGAAGUACAACAUAAAACUUCACACUGUAACUGGGCGCAUUAAAGAUGCUCUAAUCAGUUUCAAAUCCGUAAAACCUAAUUUCAAAGCAGUUAUAAUGGGCACUCGCCUUACAGACCCUCACUCCUCUCAUCUUCAAGAUUUCAGUCCAACAGAUGAAGGCUGGCCUGAAUACAUGCGUGUCCACCCAAUUCUUCACUGGACAUAUGGUGAGCUGUGGUCAUUUAUUAGGAACUUAUCGCUUCCCUACUGCUCCCUCUAUGAUGUUGGAUACUCAUCACUUGGUAGCAUGGAGAACACCCAUCCCAACCCAUCACUUCAAAGAACUGACAGCAAAGGAAAUAUUUCCUACAAUAAGGCUUAUACGUUAACAGAUUUCACAUUUGAGCGAUCUGGAAGGAAUUAA